UAUUUAUUUAUUGUGACUUUUCUUUCUAAUUCCGUUUAAUUUUAUCUGCCUAUCUAUCUGCUACUUCACUAUCUUCUGUUUAAAUUUCCUUUUACCUUUGCUUUUGCUGCUUCUCUUUUGCAUUUCCACUCCCACAAAAUUUUAGCUUUUAUUUCUUUCUUGUACAAGAAUCAAGAAUUUCACUUCUUUUUGUAAAACCUCCAUUAUCUAGAGGAGAUUGUGCAACUCUUGCGUUUUCUUUCUUCAUUCCUGUUGUUUCUUUACCUCAAGAGGUUGCUUAUAGAUGAUGUCAACUUGGUGAAGUGGGUAGCUAGAGAAAAUGAAUUAAAUUGAGCCAUAAUGGGCAAAAAAAAUACUUAUAAGUGCUGAUUGCUUUGAUGGAAUCUCCAGAGCCAAGUAGGAUUGGUGAUCGUUCAACCAGUGAUGUUGUUGUCCGACUCCGAACACAUGAAGGCCGAGAUGAUUGGUUUUAUUGCCAUUCUUUUAUCUUGAUAGAAAAGAGCAAAUAUUUUGGUGACCGCCUUUCUGAGAACUGGCCUACAUGUCAGAUCCUUGACUCACGGAACUGUGUUGAAGUUUACUGUGAAGAAUCAGACUUUGAUCACCAUGUCAAUUUUUUACGACUUCUCUAUGUUGUUAUAGAUGGUUCAUUGGAAGACAUAUGGCAUGGUGUGAAGAAUGCCCUUGGCAUUCUGCGUGUAGCUGUGGAACUUGGGUGCCCACAAAUUGUUAAUGCUUGUGUGAACUACUUGGAAGCAAUGCCAUGGGAAGAAGCUGAGGAGGAUGAGAUCCUAAAAAUCAUACCAGGCAUGGGAUCGAAAUCCCAACCAAUUCUUGCCCGUGUCCAACCAGUCAAUCCGUCAGCUGUAUUGAGAAUUUUUCUGUCAGCUAUUAAAUUUGCCACAUCAUCACCUCCUUCACCCAUGAAUGAUCUUAAAACUACUGCACAAGAGCAGCUCGAAUACAUGCUGACUGAAGAUGAUGAUGCCCCUCUACUAACAGCUGAUCAAGAGGUCAAAUUUGAAGUAAAAGAAUGUGUGAAGGGACUGUUCACCAGAUUUAACAAUAUGCUAGAAGCUCUGUUAUGUGAGCCUGUGGAAUCUGCCAAUGAGAAAGGGAAAAUGCAAUCUUUUCAAUCAUAUCUAUCAGAUUUAUCGUGGGCUUGUCAGAUACUAAAUAAGUUGGAAAUCAUGAAGGAAUUUGUCAAUAGUUGGGUAGGCGCAUCAGAUAAGAUAGUUCUGGUUGUUGAGCAAGCUAGUUCGGUAGCUGAAAUUAUUGAGACAAAGUCGAAGGUUAUAGAGGUGGCAGCAAAGGUUUUAGAAGCAAUAGGAUAUGGUAACGUUAUUCUGCCUACUGCAAAACGGUUUCACAUGGUCAAGGUUUGGCUUCCAUUUGUGAGGGUUACCAAACCAUUAAUUGAUUCUGCCACGACUAAUGCCAAAGAUGCUCCAGAACUUAGGAUUGAUGGUGAGCUAUGGCAGUCCUUAGAAUCCACAUUUGUUUCUAUGGUUCUUACACUGCCAUCAGAAGACCAGGCAGAGAUUUUGACAGAAUGGUUAGGGAAUGAACAUAUUCACUAUCCAGACUUCACUGAGGCAUUUGAGGUGUGGUGUUACAGGUCCAAGGUUGCGAAGAGAAGAUUAGCAGACAUAUUGGGCAACCACGGUAUGGCCAAUAGCACACUUUGACCAUCUGUUUUUUCAUCUUUUUGGUAAGAAUAGUUACAUCGUGCUUGAUCAUAAAUCAUUUUCCUAUCCUUUGCGAAGAUCAGGGCUUGGUUUAGAAAGUGUUGUUGACAAGAGGUUCCUAAACUGGGUGCACUAACUUUUAGCUUCUCGUCCAAAAGUGAUUGCAUUCUAAGGUUUGUAAAUGAAGUAAUGUUUAGGCUUCUGUUUGAUUGUAAAUCCGUAAUUGUGAAUGUCUAGCGUAAUCAAACUCGAUAAAUCUUCUGGGCUUGUGCUAUCUUAUUGUCCAAUUUGCUCAUGCCAA